AUAAAAAAGAUUGUUUUUCUUCCCCAGUCCCCAGUCCCAACCAGCAACCACCUUUGGUCAAAGGCUGGGCCUUCUUACUCUGCGCAGCGCAGCUGAUUACAGUCAGUCACUGGUGGCAGGCAGUGAAUGUCACUGUGCCCUGAGAAGAAGGAAAGAUAGAGAGCACACGAUCCAUCUGCAUAAGUCCAAACGAACGGCAACGUUUAUUAUGAAGUGAAAAUACCAAUGUGCAGAAGUUAGUGUCAGAACAAAACAUUGUUUUGAAGGAAAGUGAUAUCAUUUGUAUCGUACGUUGAAUUGCUUCAAUGCUCUCAACAUGAGACAAAGCUAGUUGCUGUCUGGCUUGUAAAUUAAAGAUCAAUUUGCUAUUUUCAUCAUGAGUGGCGUGAAAGUUGACAUCCAGUGGUCACCCUCUGAUGAUGAUAUGUUCAUUACUCAUGGCACUGCCAUCAAUCUGUACCAGGUCAAGAAUAGAGACACUUUUCAUGAACAACAUGACAGAGAGCACAAAUCUGCUGAGAGGUCAAAAAUAAUCCACUUGGCUACUCAUGCUGAUCUACAGUUUGUAAAAAGUAUUGCAUGGUGCCCUCGCCCUGAGUCAAAAAAUGUUUUGGCUGUUGCGCAAGCUAAUGGCCGGAUCAGCAUCAUUGGCUUUGAGACCCAUGGAAAUGAUGAUCUCAUCGGAAAAGAAUUCAAUAUUCGUUUUAACCGACAGUGCAAUUACUUGUCUUGGAAUCCAGUAGAAACCCAUCUGCUGGCAGAAGGGUUUGAACGCAACCGAAACGAACCUUGUGUCUUGAUAUGGGACGUGAACAACAAUGCUAACAUAGAGGUAGAGAGACCGUCCAGGCACAGCUUCAGUGAGGGCCCCUUCACUAAACCAUACCUAGAACUAGGUCAUGGAGAAGCGAGCAGUUCCUUCAGCUGGUUCCCCAACGAUGGCAAAACAUUUAUCAUGGGUGUCGCCAACAAACAUCUCAGAGUAUAUGAUUUGAGAGAUUCUAGCAAGUGUCGUCUGGAGGCUCAUCACCGCUGCGUGUCGGGAAUCUGUGUGGAACCACUGGAGGACUCCAGGCUGGCCUCAUUUAGUGAGAGUCAAGUUGCUGUAUGGGACCUCCGCAUCUUUGAUAGACCUAUAAACACCAUUACAGAAAGUAAAAACAUCAUGAAGCUGAGCUGGUGUCCAAAGAAGCUGGGUGUGCUUUCCAUCUUGACCAAAGACAAUUCUAGCAUCAAACUUCAUGAUAUUCGACAUUCCCUUUUCGGAUCUGAUGAAAUUGAACAAGCGUCCAUUGAGAGGAACAUUCAGCCAUUUGGCAAGUCCCAGCUCUCAUCAUUCUGCUGGCACCCGAGACAAGAGAACAGGCUGAUUACUGUCCUGGCUAAUGGACAGCUUAGAGAUAUGGUUGUGUUUGAGCGCAUCCCAAUGGAAUGGUCUUCCAGCUUCAAAUUGAUGAUGCCUUUGAAUGGAGAAACUAUCCGCUGCUUGGAGGAGACGGAGCAGGACAACGAUAUCUCCCUGGUCAUGAAAAGGAGAGUAACCCUCAAUUAUGGCCUGCAGGCUCAGGACAUUGCCGCCAACAUAAAAGCCAUAGAGAAUGAACCACACCUGAUGGGCUUAUGGCGAUGGAUUUACAACGUUCGUGAAGUGAUCAGCUCUCAAACGGCCAGCAACAGCAAACUACGUAUACCGGCGGCCACAGGGAUCCUGUCGUUGCUGAGGUUUGACCGGGAGGAUGACCACCUGGUCAGCGAGGCAGUACCUGUGCACUGGAAGGCGUCAGAGGGAGGGAAAUACUCAAAGCGGACACACUACAGAUGUGCUGAGAGGACAAUGGCCUUACAGCUGUGUGGCUGGAUACCAGAUCAACAAAAACAGAAUUUUGAAAGCUUUAUUCACAGCCUGGUGGAGCAGGGUGACCCAGAGAGAGCGUCAGCCAUUUCUCUCUUCUACCUUCACAUCAAACAAGCUCUGGAGAUCCUCAGCAACUGUGCCAUGAGUGCAGAAGAAGGUCGAGGCAAGCCCAGCCUACAGGCUGUUGCCAUGGCACUGUCAGGUUACACAGAGGACAAGAAUGCCCUGUGGCGCAGGACAUGUGGAACUCUUCUACAUCAGCUGGAAAACCCGUACCUGCGGGCUGUCUUUGCUUUCCUGGCUUGCGAUGAGGAUGAUUACGAAAAUGUCUUGAAUGAAGUAGACAUGUCUGUUGAAGACAGAGUCGGGUUUGCCCUGAACUACCUCCCAGAUGCCAAGCUCAAAUCAUAUUUGUGCAAGUUGUGUGAUGAACUGACGCAGAGUGGAGAUUUGGAUGGCAUCCUCUUAACAGGAAUGACCGAUGCUGGUAUCAACUUGCUGGAGAAUUUUGUCGACCGCACAGCUGAUGUCCAGACUGCGGCUAUUGCUGCUGUGUUCUCCACGUCUCAUGUUGUCAUGAAAGACCCUAGAGUUAUGGAGUGGAUCGACGGGUACAGAGAUUUACUGGACAGAUGGAGAUUUUGGCACCAGAGGGCACAUUUUGACAUCGUCCGCCAGUCGUUUGUCCAGGAGCACAGGGUGCCAGCCCAGGUGUUGGUCAGUUGUAACUUCUGCGGAAAGUCCAUUUCCACAAGCAUGUCCAUCCUGAACCGAGCCCGGAACAUGUUUAACUCAGUGUUGACCAGAGGCCCACAGAACAGGCCAAAGAUCACAUGCUGUCCCAGUUGCCGGAAAGCUCUCCCCCGCUGUGCCAUUUGUCUGUUCCAUAUGGGCACAUCGUCUGGCACAGGGAUUGAAUCAGGAAGCGGAGCGAAGCUGACCAUGUUCCAGGAGUGGUUCACCUGGUGCCAGACGUGUCGACAUGGAGGUCAUGCAGCACACAUCACAGAGUGGUUCAGAGAGCACAGCGAGUGCCCAGUGACAGGAUGCCCCUGUAAGUGUGUGGCCCAGGACGCUGUCAGUUUGUGCCUGCCAGAGACGGGAGCCGGGAUUCCGAAAGCGUGAUUUCUACUGUGGUUUGUGUGUGUGUUUGUGUGUGUGUAUGAGAGAGGGAGAGAGAAAUCUUGAAAUCUGUGAGUGGAUGAUACAGUAGUCUCCGCCUAAAAUCCUGGUGCUCUGGAGCGAGGAAAAUGCGGGAUCAUAGGCGAAACAUCAAAGGAAGAAUCCAUGGUGACCCAUGUUCAGGCCCGCAACCGGUAAAAAUGGUCUCCCUUUACUCUAAAAUGUAUUGGCGUGACCUCUGGUUGGGUUUAUGACUUAUGGCGAACAAAGAGUUGUCAACCUUGAUGACCGAUCACAGUGGCAAUGGACAUGCCAUUUUCACUUAUUUUCCUAUCGUGAGUCUCAAGAUCGCCCAUAUCCAGUUGCUCCUCCCCUUUACCUGUCUGAAAUUUAUAGCUUUUCAUCUCUGACUGAGUCUCUGCUGUCAGUAAAUUAUGAUCUGAAAUGCGGGAUCUUAGCCGAAUGUAGAUCUUGAGAGCGGGAUCUUGGGGGUGACUUUUUUGUAGUAAAUAUUCUGUGUUCUUAAAACAGCAGGAUCGUAAGCAGUAGGAUCUUUGGCAGAGACUACUGUAGUCAUUUGUAACAAAAUUUGUGGGUAAUCACUCUUUAUAGGAUCUGUGUGUGGGUGAUAGUCACUUGAUACUUGAAUGCUACAAAUUGACUGCUUACUGUAAGACUCGGCCAUGUGCCAUUUUGAAAAGCGAUUUAUGACAGAAUCUUUCACAGAAAAGUUGAGCUGUCUUCAAGAAACUUUUUACGGAUUCACUUCUCAGAGGCAAUGUAAUGAAAUGUGAGGGGGGGGGGGGGGGAAUUGUCUUCCACAGCACAUUGGUUCCUAAGCUCAUGGUUCAGGUUCGCCGUUGGCUCUAGAGCCCUUGACACUUCUGUAAAGUUUUACAAAAUCGUGAGAUAUGAUUAUUUAUUUAAAUUUAUAGAAUAGUAACUUGUACCUUAGUGUCUACUGGAAGGCAGUUGGCUCUUCCAAUAUGGAUCACUUCACAGUAUUCUCCCAGAAAAAAGUUUAUAAUAUAAAAUGGAAUGUUUGUAAAAAUUGUGGUGAGCCGCUGAAUGGUCUCACUGAAUACUGAAUUAGAUUUUGUGUAUUUUGUAAAAUAAUCAAAUGUGCCCAACUUUCCUCCAUUGCCUUAUAUGUUUCUGAACCUUGUGUGCAAUGUUAUUGUAUUUGAAAAGAUUUUGCUAUAAUCGUGGCUAACUUUAUAGGGAAAUUCCCUGUGUCCCUAUUUAUGAAUGCAUUCCAUUGAGAAAUGCAGCUGUGGAGAGCAGGCUUACUUAACUCUGUCUGUGCCAAUCAUAAAUGUAUCAUCAACAUAGCAUUAUCUCCAGUCUGAAACUGACUCAUUUUUUGGUGCGUCUGUGCCCUCAGUUUGCUAGGAAUUUUUUCUGACUUCAUUUUCUUGUGUGUUAUUUUUUUUUUUCUUUCAUUUUGAUACGCAACAUUUCUACUUCAUUUGAUCAAACUGUUUUUGUACCUGGCUUUCCCAGCAACGCCUUAAUACUGUCACAUUUACAACACACAGGUCUAGCACAACUGUAGAAGUCCUUGUGGCUUGGACAGAUUUGCAUAUUUAUGAGGACUUCUGAGUUAUAAGUUGUAACAUAACAAUUGAGGCAAGUUCUUCCUAUUUUUCAUUCCUAUUUGUGUGUUUUCGCCACUGAUACAUGUUCAUGUAGUUUAUAAGAAAUCGAAAUUACUUACACAUGGCAUUAACUGUUAAGUUGUGAAGCUGAAGAGUCGAAACGAGUGAUGUGUGUAUUAGUGUUCUGCAGUGCCCAUGGCAAGUGUGUUUUAUGAGAUGUAUGUUAAUGCCAGGUGCAAGAGACAGAGGUAUGUUAUAUUGUGAGAUGUAUGUUAAUAUCUGGUGCCAGCGACAUGUGUGUUGUUUUGUGAGGUGUGUGUUAAUGUUUGAUGGUGGGAGGAAUGGUGAGAUGGUGUUACUAUUUAGUUGUGGGUGUACAUGUUCAUACAUUGUGUUCUGCCUCAUUUCUUUCAGGCCUCUUUGUUCCGUGCGUUGUGUCACAGGUUUUUUAUUGAUAAUUUUUCUAAUCACUGUCUUUUUAAAAAUAAUAUGUUUACUUUCAACCCAAUUGAUAUCAUUUCGUAAGGGUGCUUGUUGGAAUCAGUAAAUUUAAGUGUAUUACAACCCGGUAUUGUAAAUAGCAUACAAGUCUACAAUUGUAGAUCUAGUCUUUGAUUGUCAUAUGGUGGGAGAGCGGUGACCAGCUACUGACAUUUUGCUAUCUCAGAAUUACAAAGUUCCAUCUGACAUUUUUGGCCGUUUUGAGUUGCUAUGACAGCAGGUCAGAAACCAA